AUGGAUCGUGGGGUCAGCCUGGAGAACCCGUAUGCCAGCGUCAACAUCCCGCGGGACCAGUUCCAGCAAAGCUUCAUCACUUGCUACCUAAAGGACGAGCCCACCAUCAUCGCCAACCCUGCAGCCGUGCCCACCUAUGGCGUGGAGGAGCAGGAGGGCAGCUGGAACAGCCCAACCAUUUCCACGGAGAAGUCCCGGUCCCGUCCCUACAACCCCUAUGCCAGCCUGAAGAUGCCCAACGGGGAAUCGCCCAACUCCUUCUACACUGUCACCCUGGACAAGCCACCCAAGGGCCAGGAGCAGGAGGCCGGCGGGGGAUGCAGCUGCUGCAAGUGCUGCCCUUGCUGCAGAAAGUGCUGCUGCGUCGUCUCCUAA